GCAAACAAGCGAUCUGGUUAUCAUUUCCACUUUCCAUUGGCAAAGCCUCUGAGCUUUUUGGUUAAACCAAAUCCAAUUCACAGCUCCCAUUUCUCUGCAUCGAGCGAGAGAGAGAGAAACUGUAAGAGAAUAGCCGGAAGUGGGAGCGAGCGAGGGAGCAUUUUGAUCUGGAACUGGUACUGGAGUGGGAAUCACGCGAUGUUCCUACGGGCGAUCUCGCGGCCAUUGAUGGCCAAGGUGAAACAGACGACGGGGAUCGUCGGUCUUGACGUCGUUCCCAACGCCAAGGAAGUGUUGAUCUCCCUCUACUCCAAAACCCUAAACGAGAUUCAGGCGGUCCCUCCGGACGAAGGGUACCGGAAGGCGGUGGAGAGCUUCACUAAGCACAGGCUGAAGGUAUGCCAGGAGGAGGAAGAUUGGGAGGCGAUCGAGAAGAGGCUUGGUUGCGGUCAGGUCGAGGAGCUUAUCGAGGAGGCCAGGGACGAGCUCAAGCUCAUCGAGAAAAUGAUCGAGUGGGAUCCCUGGGGUGUGCCUGAUGACUAUGAAUGUGAGGUCAUAGAGAAUGAUGCUCCAGUGCCUAAGCACGUCCCCCUACAUCGACCUGGUCCCCUCCCCGAGGAAUUCUAUUCGACGCUAGAGAAGUUGCAAUUGAAUUCUAAGGAGGCACCACCUGCUGUCACCUCCGGCGAGUCAAAGGCAGAGUAGCACGCUGCUGGAACUUCCAUCGGGGAACUUCCAUCAUAAGACUAUCUUCUUGGAUCUUGUUUGUGUUUUGUCAUCGUGUAAUUUUCUGUUUCGGCCACAUUUAAAUAGAGGCUUUUUUCAUUUUAUGAGACGGUGGCUUUGAAGAACCAUUCAGUUCAAUAAUCUUUGAAACCAAUCAAAGAUGUUAGGAAUUUCUUUCUUCAAAUCUUUGUUGUCUUUCAAUUCCAAUUGAUCCAUGCAAACUGUGGCGGUCCUUGCCCUCGACGGUGUAGAUUUUGGGUUUCAUUGGCAGGAACUUAUACAGAUAUGCUAAUGUGUUUGAAGAAACAAGUUCUUAAAGUUCUUUACAAGACUUUGUUCUUCAUGUUACUUGAUCAAUUCAAGAUACUUUCUGUAAGAGACGCAUCUGUCAUCGACGAGAACAUUCAGAUUGCUGUAGCCUGUAGGCAAACAAGAAUUUCUUUAGUCUUCCGGAAACAUUGAAG